GAGCCUGAAAAUGGUAAACCAUUUCCAAUCAAUAACUUGAGAACCACUUGACCAAGAAUGUUCAAACUUCAUAGGAUGAUUGGACAUGUAGAAUAACUAACCCUAACCCUUCUUGAUUUUGGGGUGACUCUAUUAAAGGUCAAGGCCACAGCAGCUAGAAUAUGGAAAUCCAUUUCCUGGCAGUAACUUGAGAACCAUUUGACCUAGAACCUUCAAACUUCAUAGGGUGAUAGGACUUACAGAGUAAAUGACCUCUAUUGUUUUUGGGGUCACUCAAUCAAAGGUCAACAUCACAGGGGCCAUCUCUCUGUCACACUUAAUUUUUUUCAAUAACUGGAGAACCGUUUGACCUAGAACCUUAAAACUUCAUAGGGUGAUAGGGCCUGUAAUAUUUUUAGGGUAGUAGAUCAAAGGUCAAUGUCACAGGGGCCUGAACAUGGAAAGCUGUUGCUUAUAAAAAACUAGAGAACCACCUUAUUGCCUGGGGCAGGUAAAAGUGGAGUGUGGGCAAGCAAAAAAUUAUACUCAGUUGCCCAACAGACAAGUGAAAUAUUUGAAAUGUUUGAAAGAUCCCCAGAAAUUACGCUAUGGGCAAGUGCUCAACAGAGUUAAACCGAUCCCUGAGGUAGAAUUUUCUUACUACAUAAUUUCAUGUUUACAAAAUAACUUUCUUAAAUUAUGGAAAAAAUACUAUACAGAGAUCAAUAUUUUCGAUACAGUGUAAAUAAUCUGCAGAACUCGUAAUGAAAUUUAACGGAUGCACGUCUUUAAAUUCAGAUAGGACAUAUUGUUAUUCUGAGAAGGAAAUCAGAUAGGACAUAUUGUUAUUCUGAGAAGGAAACUGUCUGACAUUGUACCAAGGAGCAGUCAAGAAGAAAGAUUUAAAAACAAAUAUAUACACACAGUGUGUACAGCUGCUUUGCUCUGCCUUAUAUACAGAAGAAUUUCCAUUAUAGACUUCUCAUUAGCAUCCAUUUACAGAUAUAUCAAUAUUGAUGAACAUAGAACAUCAGACCUCUACCACUGGCAUCCUGUACCUUCACCAGAACAGACCAGAUACCUCACAAGACAGAUAGUGUGUUUCCAGCAAAGCAUUUUGUGGUUGUAGCUCUAAUAUCAGCUUGGGUGGAAAGAACAAUGAAGAUACAGAACAGACAUAAGCUAAUGAGAUAUGAUAAACUGGAAGCUCCGAGAGGAUGUUAUACAAAAAUAUGAUAAGUGGACUUGAUAUUUUGCUAAUAGGUUUUAAGCUAGUGAACAGAAAAUCUAAAUUCCAGUACGAGUUUAGGUCACAGGAUAACAAUCUGGCUUUAUAGGUGCCUAUUUUGGACAUACUUACAUGUCCAGUCAUCUAUAAAUAAAUUAAAACCACCUUGAUGGUUUCCUUGAAUGAAAGACGUUUGACUUCAUAGAAUGACUGCUGAUUUUUAUCAUAUAUACUUGUCUGUGUCAGAUGGACCAUUCUAGGUGACAAAAUUAAUAUAAAAUAUAUUUUUAAUAUUAUACUACAUGUAUACUACACUUGGGAAAAUAAAAAUAAAAUGGAAUGAAAGGAAAUUUGUUUGUUUCACGUGUUACAUCAAAAUAUCUUUUGGAUCUUGGAUGUCAGAACUUAAGUUUUUGCUUGUGACUGCUUGUAAAACUAUUGUAUCUGAUGUUCUCUUGAUGAAAGAUAUUCUGAACUUACACUGAAACAACCAAAUAUCCUGUAAAUACUUUCUCAAAACAUUUGUUAAAUUAUGUUGCUACUGUAACCUAACAUGAGGAAAGUGGGGGUUUUAUAAAUUGUAUUUUCAGGUUGUAGUGGUAUUAGUACAGACACAGAAGAGAGAAGAAGGCUAAAAAACUGCAGUUCAGAAGGAUGAAAAUCUGAUCCGAUAUUUUGUUGGGAAAGGGGUAAAAUUCAUAUGGAACUCUGAAGAAGACAAAUACCAGAAACUUAGGAUUAGAAGUUAACAAUACAUGUUCAUAUUUCCAUGAGGCGAAAGGUUUGAGCUGCGAACACCAAAGCAAAAGUAUUCCAGAUUACAGGUCCAGAGUAUGAUAGGGAUUUGCGAAAGAAUUCUAUGCGUGGUUUGGGGACAGCCAGGUUAGCAUUAUCUCUGGAUCUAAGUUCAAGCUCACAUGAAUUUUGCAGUGAAAUGUUUGAAGUUCAGUUGUAAUGGUAAUGAGAUGCAGAUCUUUGUCCUACAUGGUGAGGGAAACAGUGUAUGGCAUUUUUGGAAAACAUGUAAUAGGAUGAAAAUUACAGAAAAUGACUGGAGGUCUUUGCUUAGUUCUAGCUCUCUGAGUGAUUUGAUGUUAAUCCACUCAGAGACUGAGUCUAUUGAGAAGUUUGGUCCAUUGGAUUCAAUAUUAUUAUGGAAUUCCAGUGGUAGUAGGGCUAGGAGACCAUUCUGCAAUGAUAAAAAAGUAAAGCCUGUCAAAUUCACCAAUCGCAGUCUCAGUAUAGACACAGAUGAUGUGUUUCUAAUUGCCGAAGAACUUGACGUGGCUAGGGAAGGUGUAUGUGAUGAUGAUGGUGACAAUGACGACAAUGCCGCUGAUGAUGAGGACUACUUGCACAGACAAGACCUCAUUGUUGUCAAAACAGAGCUUAUAGACUUAUGAUGGACCUUGUUGAAAAAUAAUUACUCAAAAUAUGUAAUAAUACUUGAGUAAAGUUGAAUAAUAUGAC